CAAAAGGUCAAUACAUUCUUUGCUGCAAAGUUAGCUGAAGCAAAGCGCAAGCACGUGGCCUUAAUCAGUGAAGUGAAGAGAUCGCUAAAUGAUGCCGAGCAACGUGGCCGUGUCUCAGUACCAGAUCUCUUAACGGUGCUAUCGAAGAAGAAGAAAAGAGAAUAUCGCUUCGSCUUUAGUGAGUUGUAUCUUAGCCUAGUGCUGCUACAGAACUAUCAAUCGUUGAAUCACACAGGUUUUAGAAAGAUUUUAAAGAAGCACGAUAAGUUACUGCGCAAUACGAAAGGCAAGGAGUGGUUUCAAUCAAAUGUAGAUACCGCAUUCUUCUUCACCAAUCGUGAGAUAAUGAAUUUAAUACACGACACCGAGAAUGUUGUAACCAACUAUUUGGAGAAUGGUGAUCGGCAGCGUGCCAUGAAGCGUUUACGUGUACCACCGCUUGAGGAUGUACACCAUCCUUGGACCUCAUUCCGUGUUGGGCUUUAUUUGGGCGCCCUAGUGGUAUUAUUCUCAGCACUGGGCAUAUCACUCUAUAUGACGGAUUUGGAUGCGACAAAUUUGGAAGCCUGUAUUCGGCUCUUUCGUGCGCCCUACUCCAUAUCUAUUUACCUUGUUUUAAUUAGCGUUAAUAUAUAUGGUUGGCGCAAAGUUGGUGUUAAUCACGUGCUCAUUUUCGAAUUGGAUCCACGUCAGUAUCUGACUGCAGCGCAUGUCAUGGAAAUGGCUGUCGCCUUAGCGGUACUCAUUACGAUUGCCAUGAUUGCAUUCAUACAUUCGUCAUAUUUGCAUACGCCACGCUUUGUCUUCCCCUUGGCAUUGCUCGUCACAAUGUGUUUAAGGCGCUAUCAUGACACCCGCAAAGUUUUCCCCUUCAUCGUGAAUGCGGGCAAAUAUUCGAUGUCAUUUCUAGUGGCAUUGUUCGGUUAUCUCAUGGCUGGCACUCGACACUCUUAUGAAUAUUUCUUUGACAACCCCUUUGUGUGGUUCUUUAUAAUAUCGAACGUCAUGCAAACUGUUUAUACUCUCGUUUGGGAUAUGAUUAUGGAUUUUGGUGUGUUCAAGAAAUUUAGUGGAGAAAAUAUUUUUCUGCGUGAUCAAAUACUUUAUCCGGCGGGCUUCUAUUACUUUGCCAUAAUUGAGAACUUUUUUUCUCGAAUAUUUUGGGCUCUUAAGCUGUACAUAUACCAGCAGGGUUAUAUGACUGUUUUCCAUAGCAAUUCUAUAGCCAGUGGAUUGGAAAUGUUUAGACGUUAUAUAUGGAAUUACUUCCGUUUGGAGAAUGAACAUCUUUUCAAUGCCGGAAAAUUUCGUGCUGUGCGCGAUAUAUUUGUAGCGCCAAUUGAUCCAGACGAUGAAAUCCAAUUGCAACGCAUAAUGGAUGAGCUCGAUGGCACAACCAAUCGAUCUUCAGGUGAAAAUGGUAACGUCAUUGACAUGAAGGAGGAUUAA